AUGGACUUUGCCAAGGAGCUUUCGGAUGUCCAGAAGCUUUUGAGCUUCUCUCCGAAUCCACAGCUCCAGGCGAGUCUUUUGAAUGUCUUGCAAAAGAAGGUCGUGACUGCCGACAGUUUGCCGGCAGGGGAGUAUGUGAACAUGCUCCAGUCUGUGGAACAGUCUGGAUUGGACGAAAAUACAAAAAAGGCAUUGAGUGAUGCUCUUUUGAAGAAUGCUUCAAGUGGCAGCACGGAAGGUGGCUGCAAGCUCGUCAAAGUUCCGCAGACACUGAAGAACCCAGUGGCUUAUUUGACGAAAGAGGAAAUCGUGCAGCUUAUGCAAGGUGACAUCAAGGACGCCCCGAUCCUCAUUGCCAGACGGCUUCGGGUGAUUGGCUUGACGAGCCGCAAAGAAUGUACGAAGAAAUCCUGUGUCACUUUGCAUGUGCAAGCCCAUCUUUGGCAGAAUCCCCAACAACCAGAUGCAGACAAAAUCUACAAAUUAGCGACUGACUUCCAGGACGUUUUUCACAGCCUGAACGUACAGAGUGAUGUGCCUGCCUUCCGGACAUAUCCAGACGAUCCUCGAGAGUUGGGACCAGAUUGGAUUGCCAAAGCCUACAAAGGUUCUCACCCCAGCUGUGCAGAGCUGCCACAGCUGCAUGUCUUGUCCAAGUCGUGCCCAAUCCGCACCACCAGCCGGCUGCUCAAAGGCACUUCUCAGGGUUCCAACCAGCUUGCUUGCAACAUGUCCAUGCAUGCCAUGCAGCAAAAGACUUGGCUGGAGACCAUGAAAGAAAAGCUUGCCGAGAAGGACGAGGUGAUCCGGCAGCUCCAGUUGCUGCCGACGCCUGCAAAUUCCUCUACUGCACGUACCGGGGCAAACGAAGGCAAAAGCUUGGAACAGUACGAAGCAGAGGCAUUGGCACAAGUGGAGAAUAAGAAAGCACCGAAGCAGGAGAAGAAGAAUGGGAAGCCUUGCAAUCAGAAGAUGCCACAGCUCUUCAAAAAGCCUGCAGCGAAGUGUGUUGAGAAACACCCGAUGAACAAAGAGAAGAAGGCUGCCAAGCAGGACGGAAGGCUCACCUGCUGGGGCUGUGCAAGAUGCCGUGGCAAUGUGUAUGGCUGCGACAAUUGCAAUUUCGAUGGGUUCGCCGGUGUGCGACUCAACGGUCGGGCCGAAUGGAAGAAGUGCAUGGAGGAACGGAAGAAGGCGGCCAAGCACUGA